CGGCAGCAGGUGGGAGCGGGGCUGUUGAUAUCAAUAUGGCGGUUGUCAGCCAGACAAAGACAGUCAGUCUGAUGUGAUUGAGACAAGGGAGGUUUUCAGGGGGAGACUGGGAGAUAGGGGCCUCCCCUCCCCCUUCUCCUCUUCCUGCGCCGGCCUCAACCCCUCCCCAGUCCCCUCCCGACGGGCGCCCCACGCGGAAGACACCCCUCCCCCUCCCGCUUUCCCCUCCUCCCUACCUCAGCCCUUCGUACCGGGACGUUGGGGAGGGGGCUGUGCCGGGCGGAGAGAACUCUGCAAGGAUUCUGAGAAUGAUAAAUAACGCUGAUCAUCUCUAGAAAAGAUACUGAUUCACCUCAUGUAAAGUAUGCUCAGUUCCUUUCCAGUGGUUUUGCUGGAAACCAUGUCUCACUAUACAGAUGAACCCAGAUUUACCAUAGAGCAGAUAGAUCUGCUUCAGCGCCUUCGACGUACUGGAAUGACUAAACAUGAAAUUCUCCAUGCCUUGGAAACUUUGGACCGUCUUGAUCAAGAGCAUAGCGACAAGUUUGGAAGAAGGUCCAGCUAUGGAGGAAGUUCAUAUGGGAAUACUACCAACAAUGUUCCAGCAUCUUCCUCUACAGCUACAGCUUCCACACAGACCCAACAUUCUGGAAUGUCCCCAUCACCUAGCAACAGUUAUGAUACCUCCCCACAGCCUUGUACUACCAAUCAGAAUGGGAGGGAGAAUAACGAGCGAUUAUCCACAUCCAAUGGAAAGAUGUCACCAACUCGCUACCAUGCAAACAGCAUGGGUCAGAGGUCAUACAGUUUUGAAGCCUCAGAAGAGGACCUAGAUGUAGAUGAUAAAGUAGAGGAAUUAAUGAGGAGGGACAGCAGUGUGAUAAAAGAGGAAAUCAAAGCCUUUCUUGCCAAUCGGAGGAUUUCCCAAGCAGUUGUUGCACAGGUAACAGGUAUCAGUCAGAGCCGGAUCUCUCACUGGCUGUUGCAGCAGGGAUCAGACCUGAGUGAACAGAAGAAAAGAGCGUUUUACCGAUGGUAUCAGCUUGAAAAGACAAACCCUGGGGCUACGCUAAGUAUGAGACCCGCGCCCAUUCCAAUAGAGGACCCGGAAUGGAGACAAACGCCUCCCCCAGUCUCAGCUACAUCUGGCACCUUCCGACUGCGACGAGGGAGUCGAUUUACCUGGAGAAAGGAGUGCCUGGCUGUCAUGGAAAGUUACUUCAAUGAGAAUCAAUACCCAGAUGAAGCAAAGAGAGAAGAAAUUGCAAAUGCUUGCAACGCAGUUAUACAGAAGCCAGGCAAAAAACUGUCAGAUCUGGAGCGAGUUACCUCCCUGAAAGUAUAUAAUUGGUUUGCUAACAGACGGAAGGAGAUCAAGAGGAGAGCCAAUAUCGAAGCAGCAAUCCUGGAGAGUCAUGGGAUAGAUGUACAGAGUCCCGGAGGCCAUUCCAACAGUGAUGACGUCGACGGAAAUGACUACUCAGAGCAGGAUACUUGGCAAGUACGCAAUGGGGAGGAGGAGGAGGGAAGAAGUUCAGAGGGAGGCAGAGAAGCAGAGAAGGACGACAGCACUAGCCAUAGUGACCACCAAGACCCCAUCUCAUUAGCUGUGGAAAUGGCAGCAGUCAACCACACUAUCUUGGCGUUGGCCCGACAAGGAGCCAACGAAAUCAAGACAGAGGCCCUGGAUGACGACUGAUGAGGGAGGACUGGACACGAGAAGUUAACUUAGUUUAGACGUAGCACCUUAGCAGACUUCCUCGGUCCUUCACGUGUGUUCUUACAGUAUACCUUGCAGUUUCUUGUAUGUCAGUUAGCCGUUAGGGUCUUGUUCUGUGAAGAUGGCAUGGUGCCCUCAGCCUUUGCAUAUACUCUCUCAGUAUUAAUUCCCAGUAAAUAAUAACCAACCAACCAACCAACCAACCAACCAAACUUCCCUCUCCCAGCCCCUGAGGCUAGAAAAUCUUGCUGCUCUGUCUUAGCAUUCCAAGAAAGUGCUUCCAGGUAUUUAGAUAGCCCUCAGUUCUCCAAUAUUAGGCUGUAUGUAAAACCUUGGGUACCUUUAGAUUACUGUAACACUAGUCUGUACCCCUUUUCCUUCCCCGAGACUGGUAGGGUGCAAGCUGAGGUCGUGUGGCCCAGGAUGGACAGACGCCAUCUGGGGAGUACCCGCAGAGUAAAAGGGACACUAGAACCCCCACCUCAGUGUGGGAAGAAGUGAUUUCCAGCUGCAAUAAGCUGUGCCUCCUAAUAGUCACACGGUGGCUAGAUUAUACUUCUUUGGGUGCUGUGCUAAGAAUGUCAGUGGAAACACUCGAUCUCAGAUUUUGGUUGAUGUUAACCUGCCUGACACAGACAUCCUUUCCUCUCACAAGCUGUGUGACUUAAGUAGAUAAAAUACUGCCUCUGCCUUUGGGACCAUGAUUAAAACAAACAGAAAAAUGACAAAAAA